AUGGGGAAGAGCCGAAGAGGCCAUGAAACUCCGGAAGAAGAUCCGUUUCUUUCCAGCAAGUACGCCGUAGCAUAUGUACGAGGUCAGCAAGAUUUGAUGGAUAAAUUUCAUCCGCCGUUCAAAAGCUGCGAAUGUUGCGGUGGAACCUUAACGGCUAAUGGGUACAUUGUUUCUGAUUAUGAUUCUCUGGAGAAAAGUCUUCAAUUCCAGCACUAUACCAAAACGCUAGAAGAGACUGCUGCUUUGGCUAUACAAUCUGGGAUUCUUUGUAAAUAUGCUACUACUUUGCAAGGCCUAACAGCCUCAGUUGCAACAGUUUACUAUCCAGGCUUUGACCAUGUGGCAUGUGGCAAUGUUCAAGUAAAGGAAUCUAAUGAAAUAGCAAGCUCGUCUGAUGCUGUAGUUCUGGUAAUGGGUUCGGAACAAUCUAUUGAGAGAGAGGCCCUCGGCAGGAUUGGUACUCUCCCAGGACAGCAAUCCCUUUUAAUAUCUGAGGUUGCAAAUGCGUCCAAAGGGCCUGUGAUUCUAGUUAUAAUGUCUGGAGGUGGCAUGGAUGUAUGGUUUGCAAGGAUAAUCCCAAAAUUUCUGGCAUUCUGUGUCGGGAAUUUCCCUGGUGAAGCUGCAACUGCAGACAAAAUUUUUGGGUGGAUGGCUGCCGGUGACAUGGUAUCCACAGUAAUGAGUAGAAAAGGUUCCCAUGACAAUGAGACCAGACACUGCCACGGGAUACCCUGGUCGAACAUAUUGUUUUGCAAGGGUGAAACUGUUUAUUCGUCCUUAGAAGGACAAAGCUAUUCUCAGGUUGAUCACCAUCUUGUUCGAGCUCCUACAUUUGUUUCUCAUCAGCUUGCAAGUCUAUUGAUGCAGGGCAAGCCUGCAAGAAUUUAG